UGUUUUUGCUUCUCUGAAACAGCGCUUUGCCUUACUUUCCUUUGGCAGAGUUCAAGAUGAGCAUUAGUGACUUCCUUAGUCCUUCUGAUAUUGCUGCUGCACUCCAAGAUUGUCAAGCUCCAGAUAGUUUCAACCACAGAAAAUUCUUCCAGCUUAGUGGUAUGUCCAAAAAGAGUAGCAGCCAACUCAAAGAUAUCUUCCAAAUCCUAGACCGUAAUCAAAGUGGAUUCAUUGAAGAAGAAGAGCUCAAAUAUUUCCUCCAGAGGUUUGAGGCUGAGGCUCGCUUGUUAACAGUGACAGAAACUGAAAAAAUUUUGGCAGCAGCAGACCAUGAUGGAGAUGGAAAAAUUGGAGCAGAAGGUAUGAGCCCAGUUGACUUGGAUUUGUCCUAUCAUGCAAUCCCUCCCGAACCUAGAAACAUGAGGAAAUGUAAUCGAUCGAUGGCUGUCUUUGGAAGCUGGGGGAGGAAUGGGAUCAUUGCUCCAGGUUCCAUAUAUGGAGGAGCUCCGAGCCAAACACUGGUUUCAAAAUGUGAAUUGAGCAGACGGAUUGAGAUGAUUGAUUCCUGACAGUGAAGCUAAGCUGCAGAAAGAUGUCUCCAAGAGUUGCUUUGAUAGUUUGAGAUGUUUUCCUCUUCACUGGGAGUUCCUCAGCUUUGUCCAUUACCUUCAACAAGGAAAAUGUUGAUGUGGGAGGCAGUAAGAAAAAGGGAGAGCGAGCUCUAAUUAACAUUCUGCCCUUGUCCCCUCGAUGGAGAAAAGAUUCCCCAGUAUCCCAUUUCCAACAGCCGUCAGUCAAAAAGGCUAAUAAAGUCAACAAUAAUCUCCAUCAGGAGUUUAGAACUCCUUCUGGUUAUGAAAGUUCAGUUUUGGUAUGAUAACUAUUCCAGCUGAAGAAUUGCAGAGGAGUCCACUCAGAAUCUUCCAACUGCUUCUUCUUUUGCUGCAGAAUUCCAGAAGAUGGUACAGUCCUAAAGCACUGGAAGUGGCCUUGCGUGACAGAAGAACUUGUGUUGCUUUGAGAGCAUUCUCUUGAGACCUUCAAACCCAAGG